UAAGUUGUUUUUGACACAAAAGCAAAAGCCACUCUCCUUUCUACUUUCCUUUCAUCACUCUUGAAACUCCCACACCAUGAGAACAGACAUAGAAAGCCUCUGGGUAUUUGUCUUGGCCUCUAAAUGCCAAGCUUUUACACAAUCAAACAUUGCAUGGCUAAUUUUAGUCAUGUGUCUGGCAUGGCUAGGCAUGACCCUUAUUUACUGGGCUCACCCUGGUGGCCCAGCUUGGGGUAGGCACAGUUAUAUCAGAAACAAAAAAUCAUCAUCAUCAUCAUCUUCUUCUUCUUCUUCUUCUUCUUCUUCCAGUUCUAUCACCCUGGCCAAUAAGCCAAUUAUACCAGGACCAAGAGGGUUUCCACUAAUUGGAAGCAUGAACCUAAUGGUCUCACUCGCUCACCACAAAAUUGCUGCCGCAGCAGAAGCAUGUCAAGCUAAGAGGCUUAUGGCCUUUAGCCUUGGUGACACUCGUGUUAUUGUCACAUGUAACCCAGACGUGGCCAAAGAAAUCCUGAAUAGCUCUGUGUUUGCUGAUCGUCCAAUAAAGGAGUCAGCCUAUAGCUUGAUGUUCAACAGGGCAAUUGGGUUCGCUCCUUAUGGUGUUUACUGGCGAACCCUGAGGAGAAUCGCAGCCACGCACCUGUUCUGCCCAAAGCAAAUCAAAGCUUCCGAGUCCCAAAGGUCAGAAAUUGCUUCCCAAAUGGUGGCAAUAAUGUUGGGAGACCAAGGACAAAGUGUGAGUGUGCGUCAACUACUAAAACGUGCUUCCUUAAACAACAUGAUGUGCUCGGUUUUUGGAUGCAAAUAUAGUCUGGAUUCAUCGAACGAGGAAGUGGAAGAGCUAGAGAGACUGGUGGCUGAAGGGUACGAGUUAUUGGGUUUGUUGAAUUGGUCAGACCACCUGCCUUGGCUAGCUGAGUUUGAUGCUCAAAAAAUCCGGUCCAGAUGCUCCAAACUCGUCUCAAAAGUGAACCGCUUUGUUAGCCGAAUCAUAGCCCAACACCGAGCUCAAACCAGUGAAAAAACCCGGGAUUUUGUUGAUGUUUUGCUCUCUCUUCAAGGCCCUGAAAAGUUAUCUGAGUCCGAUAUGAUCGCCGUUCUCUGGGAAAUGAUUUUUCGAGGGACUGAUACAGUGGCCGUUUUGAUUGAAUGGAUACUCGCCAGGAUGGUGCUUCAUCCUGAUGAGCAAUCAAAGGUCCACAAUGAGCUUGAUGAGGUUGUUGGCAAAUCACGUGGCGUGGCUGAGGCUGACGUGGCAUCGCUGGUGUAUCUUGCGGCUGUGGUGAAAGAGGUGCUGAGGUUACACCCACCUGGCCCACUUCUUUCGUGGGCCCGACUGGCUAUCAAUGACACAACCAUUGAUGGGUACCACGUGCCUCUGGGUACCACUGCAAUGGUGAACAUGUGGGCCAUAGCUAGGGACCCACAUGUGUGGUCGGACCCACUAGAAUUUAUGCCUCAAAGGUUUGUCACCAAGGAGGAGGGUGAGGUGGAGUUUUCUGUACUCGGGUCGGAUCUUAGACUUGCUCCAUUUGGGUCGGGCAGGAGGACUUGCCCUGGUAAGACUCUGGGUUUAACCACGGUCAGCUUUUGGGUUGCCUCACUUUUACACGAGUAUGAAUUCCUAUCGUCUGAUCAGAAUACCAUUGACCUAUCUGAGGUUCUAAAGCUCUCUUGUGAGAUGGCCAAUCCUCUGACCGUUAAAGUGCGCCCAAGGCGUAGGUGAAAAAGUGAAAACCUAUUAUCUCUGCAAAAGUUCAAAAAAAAAAAAAAAAAAAAAAACUGUAAAAUUGUUUUAAGUUGUUUUUAUAAAUACGUGAUAAAAAUAUGAGGGAAGGGUAAAAUAAAAUUUAAAAAAGAAAAAAAGAACAGUUUGUGCUUAGGGUUUAAAAAUCCUAAUCCUUUCUCAUCAACUUUAUGAUAAUCAUAAGGAUGGACUUGGUCGGUCUAUAUCUCUCGAUAUUUUAUAUUUCAUUACCUGUCUGUAAAUAUUGGUGAAAUUAAUACAAGGUUUUUUGUUUGUUUGUUU